AUGCGUGGACUUUCCAGUUACCACAUUAUGAUAGUCUCGAAGUAUUUCGAGACUAUCAAAGACUUUAUAAAGUUAGAGUUAGUAUGCAAGAAGUUCCGAGGUAAUAUGGUAAAGUUCCACUUCAACCCAAUUCCAUUGAAUUGGAAAACAAUUAGAUA